UGAAAAUUACCAUAACGAUGGCGGAUGACUGGGAGGUGGAGCCGGGAAGGAAAACCAAAAAAUAACAGCACUUUUCUGCCCAGACAAGCCACUCUACACGACUUAAAAAUAAUACUGAAACUAAGCCUGUUGAUUGAACUUCAGUUUGGAAAAUGUCUGGGGACCAUACGCCGAGUUUAAGCGAAGAAGAUGAGGAGGAAGGAUUGGAUACAUCUGUCCCUAGUGUCCCUACUAUGCAUGGGUAUCUUUCCAAAUGGACCAACUAUUUACAUGGAUGGCAAGAAAGAUGGGUAGUUUUAAGAGACGGUACUUUGUCCUAUUACAAAUCUGAGUUCGAUACUGCGUUUGGUUGCCGUGGUUCUAUCAGUCUAGCUAAGGCAACUAUCGAGAAUCAUGAGUAUGAUGAUUGCCGAUUUGAUGUCAGUGUCAAUGACUGUAUGUAUUACCUGAGAACAAAAGACCCAGAGUCAAGACAGAAAUGGGUUGAUGCCCUGGAAGCUAUCAAGGCAGCAGAAUCUGGCUAUGGAUCAGAAACAAGCCUUAGAAAAGGUGGUUCUAUGCUGUCAUUGUCUUCUGUCACAAGCCUGGGAACAACAUCUACAUCUUCUUUUAAGAAAACUAGGGGUUUACGAGAGAAGCUGUUGGAGCUUGAAACCUUCAAAGACAUAGUUGGUCGACAGAUUGAUACUCUACAAACAUAUUUUGAUGCAUGUUCCGAAGUUAUGAAUGGCUCACAAGUUCACAACAAUGACAUCAGGGAGAAUGAUGAAAUGUUUGGCAGCAAUGAAGCAUUGGACCAUGAUGCGGAUGAUGAAAUGGAUGAAUUGUCCAAGACCCCCACCCCUUCAUAUAUAGCAGAGAAACUUAGCCAACAAGGCAAAGUUAACAGUACUCUGGAGUCAUUAGCAAAGGGAAUCGAUUUUCGAGGUGAAGCAAUAACAUUCAAGGCUACAACAGCAGGCAUAUUGGCAACUCUUGCUCACUGCAUUGAAAUCAUGACAAAAAGAGAAGAUUACUGGCAUAGAAGACUAGAAAAGGAAAUUGAGAAGCGCAAGAAAGCAGAAGAGGCUGCCAAAAACUCUCUGGCAUCUGCAAGAAAACAGGCAUUCAUUGGAGGACCAGACUUUGAGGAAGGGCCUCACUGUGCUUUGAAUGAGGAAGAAUUCUAUGAUGCUAUGGAGAUUGGCCUUGAAAAACAAGAGGAACAAGAUGAAAUAGAAAGUAAGAGAAGGACAUGUACAAUUGACAUUCCUGAGCCACCAAUGACGAUAAAAGAUCCACCCCAUUGCAUGACUAAUGAGGUGCAAGCAAAAGUGGAAGAAAAUCUUAGCAUAAUUAAGGAAUGUGUGGAUGAAAACUGGUAUCUGGUACACGAAGAUGGUGAAAUGAAGGUUUAUCGCAGAGAAUAUGAAGAGGGUGGAAUCAUACUUGAUCCAAUGAAGGCAACUCAUAUUAUUCAGGGAGUAACUGGCCGUGAAAUGGCUCACUACUUCUUUGACAAAGACGUUAGAAUGGAAUUUGAUUCCACUAUUGAAUAUUUCGAUAUACUGGAGAAAUUAUCUGACAGCACGUUAAUAUUUCAUCAAAUACUCAAGCGCAUUUGGCCAUCAUCCCAGCGUGACUUUGUGUUUUGUUCUCACAUACAAGAUAUAGCCCCUGAGAAUGAAGGGGAUAGAUUAGACAAUGAAGUUGGAUAUGCAUGGCUGGUAACUAAUUUUUCUGUGGAUCAUCCUGAUGCCCCGAUAAACAAAUAUGUCCGAGUCACAUGUAAUGUAGCAAUGUUCUGUCAAACUCUAAUUGAGCCCAGAGAAGAGGGACAGCCAUUGUCACGUGACCAUAUAUCUUGUAAAAUUACUUACAGUGCUAAUGUUAACCCAGGUGGAUGGGCACCGCCAUCCGUUGUUCGAGCUCUUUCUAAGAGAGAAUACCCAAAGUUUCUUCGCAAGAUUUCUUCGCUUUGCCAAGCAGCAUAUAAAGACAAGGACAUUGCAAUAUAGUCAUCUCCUGCAACGUUAUAGGAAUGACAAAAUAAUUAAAUGUACAUCUUAUUUUGUGAUCAGAAAUUAUUUUCCAAUUAAUUGAAGGCAACAAGUUUAUUUCAGCGCUUUGUAAAUUCAAUUUCAUCGAAGCUUGUUAACCUUGAGCCAUGAGGACCAUGAGAAGUAGAUAGCUAAUUUCAAUUAAAGAAAAAUUGAAAGAAAAUUUAAAUUUCAUUUAAUGAAAAACAAAAUUAAAGAUUUUAGAUCGAAUUUCAAUUUAUGGAAAUCUAAAUUUUCCAUUUCUUUCAUAAAACCAUGAUCUUUAUUGGUCGAGCAUUUGUUACUCAUAGUAUAUGAGGCCUGGAUGGAUGAUUCCACUGGGAUAAACAAGAGAGAGAAAUCAAUCUGCUGAAAACUGAAGUGUACACAAAUAUAUUUACAUCGAAACAAAUACUUGCUCUAUAACUUGCUAUCGUUUAUUUUCAAAACAAACAAUGAUCAGUAUGAUAUGUAGCUGAAACGUUCUAAAGAGACGUAACCAAUUUCGAAAAACGUUGGUUGGAGAUCCGGUGAAAUCUUAAAUCUGGAACGUAGUUUCCUUUUACGUUGGAAUAUGAAGCAUGAACAUGGAGUUAGAAAUUUGAUUUUUCGUAUUCGUUUAGCCAGAAAAAAUAAGAGCACGAAAAUUCCGUUUUAGGUGGUUCAGAUCGCCAAUUGAUCUCCGACCGACAACGUUUUUUGAAAUAGUGAAUGCAAAGGUACAUUUGGCGUUAUAGUACGAUAACCCAAGAUAUCUUUUUAAGAUCGCUAAAUAAAGAUUUUACUAUGGCAGAGAAA